UCAAAACAAUAGAAUUUACUCAGCGAGGAAAAAUGCCACUGUCCUUCUUAAAAUGAUUUUGGUGUGUGGUGUCUUUCUCCCAUUUAGAUCACAUGAAUGUCAGCGGUUAAAUUAUUGAAAAGCUGAGCUUCCUGAUUCAAACUUUUCCUGCCAUGUCUAUCAGAUGUUGGACAUUGCACAGUUGUUUUAUCUUGUUGACUAGGUGACCCAGGGCUAUGGUUGAUGCAUAGCCUUACGUUUCCCUGGUUAUUGAAGUUCUGGUUGUACAGUCGACUUAGGGAUUAGGUAACGGAUUUACGAGUUCCACUUGACGGCUUCGCAUAGGAAGUUCUACAGUAUGAGGCGUGGGGAAGGGCCGAAGGUGGAACUGCGGUUCCUAAUAUCGACCAAAGCAGCUGGUGUAAUAAUAGGGAAAGGGGGUGAAAAUAUUAAAAAAAUUCGCGAGGAGGUAAUUGUUUACUUGUAUAUUGUUCGCCCUUCUCCCCUCUAACUUUCUAAGUCCUAACUUGUGAGUGUAUUUUCUCUUUCAUUUCUUCUGGUUUUGCCCCACUCUUGGCCCGUCCGAAUACCAAUGUGUCCAAACCAAUGGUUCGUAACCCACCCUACCCUGCCCCGUAUUGCCCAUCUGCUUUUCGCACCACUCACUAAUCCGGUCCACUCCCGGUGGGUCAUUUCUUACUCUUUUGUUUGUACUACUAGUAUUCCGUUAAAGUUACCAUCCCCGAUAGCAAUGGCCCUGAGAGGUAUAUUCUCAUGUCCAAAAAAAUUUCUUAACCUAUUAUAAUCUAAUAUUUUUCUAUCUAAAGGGUCUUGGUUCUGGAUGGCGAUCUCGGUUCAGUCAUCGAAAUAUUCAGAGAAAAUCUUGAGAAGAUGCAAAGUAACCGCGAUGACGGAGUUGAUUUACGUUUACUUGUACAUCAAAGCCAGGCUGGAUGUGUUAUUGGAAGGGCUGGAUAUAAAAUCAAAGAAUUACGAGAGCAAUCAGGUCUUCAUACUCUCAAAGUUUAUCAGAUGCUGUGUCCAUGCUCUACAGACAGAGUGAUUCAAUUGGUUGGUGAUGUGGGGAAAGUACUUGAUUGUCUCCGUUCUAUAGCUGAACUUCUUGAGGGUGCCCCACCUAAGGGCUCUCGCCAGAAUUACGACGCACGAAAUGCAGAUGAAUUUAUUUCUCUUGAGUAUGGAGGCUGGGGAGUAGGCAAUCAAGGUCCUGGAUUAAAUUUGGUCCGUGGUAGGAACAAUGUUGCGAAUACGAGUUACCCCCAUAACAAUAUACUUACAACUGGGAUUUUCGGCGGGGGUGCUUCCGGAGUAACAGGACGCAAUGGUGGGCAAACGACCUCUGUUAGUCAAGCACUAGCUGGAGGUCUUCCUCAUGCAUCAGCAGCAGCCAUGCUUGCUGCGACUGGUGGUCAGACAACUGGCGGACACAACCCUGGUACGGCAGGAGAUGCUGCUGCUGCUACGGCUGCAGCAAUGGUAGCCGCGGGAUUCAUGAGGGGGUUACCCAGCCGUAUGGCCAUGAGUAUAUUAACUCCGACUACUAGCACUCAGGUCUCUGUGAGCAACAAGGUUAGUGUAAUUAAAUUCUGUUGUAAUCCUUUUUAUGCUUUACACUUCUAAGUGUUAAUUCUGUUUUUCUAAUUAAGAUGAUAGGUGCGAUCAUGGGUAGAUCCGGUUGUCGCAUAAAUCAAGUUCGUCAUGAGUCAAAUGCAGAUAUUAAAAUCAGUAAACAGGAACCCGGUGUUGAAGAUCGUAUUAUUACAAUAACUGGAACUCCUGAACAAAUUCAAAACGCUCAAUUUCUUCUUCAAAUGUGCGUUAAACGAUAUGGUGAUCAAAU